UGUAAACCAUUGCCUAUCCAUAGUCUUUGUUUAAUUUUGUACCAAGUGUUUUAUCUAAUUUUAACCUGAGCAGAACUCGCAGAAAUGGCGAUGCAGCCUUUAAAAAACCGCGUUUGCUACUAUUAUGAUAAUGAUAUCGGAAAUUAUUAUUAUGGCAAAGGGCAUCCUAUGAAGCCACAUCGUAUAAGGAUGACACAUAAUCUACUCUUGAACUAUGGAAUUUAUAAGAAGAUGGAGAUAUAUCGACCUCAUAAAGUUGCAGCCGAAGAAAUGACAAAAUUUCAUUGUGAUGACUAUAUCAGAUUUUUAAGAUCUAUACGGCUAGACAACGUGACAGAGUAUAGCAAACAAAUGCAACAAUUUAACGUAGGAGAAGAUUGUCCUGUCUUUGAAGGCUUGUACGAAUUUUGUCAAUUAUCAGCUGGUGGAACUGUAGCUGCUGCUAUAAAACUCAACAAGAAAGCCUCAGAUAUCUGCAUUAAUUGGAGCGGUGGCUUACAUCAUGCAAAAAAGAGCGAAGCUUCUGGUUUUUGCUAUGUAAAUGAUAUUGUACUUGGAAUCUUGGAAUUGCUAAAAUAUCAUCAAAGAGUUUUGUACAUUGACAUUGAUGUUCAUCAUGGUGAUGGUAUAGAAGAAGCUUUUUAUACAACGGAUAGAGUGAUGACUGUCUCAUUUCACAAGUAUGGUGAAUACUUCCCUGGUACAGGAGACCUUGAUGAUAUAGGAACAGGAAAAGGAAAGUACUAUGCAGUUAAUAUACCUUUAAGGGAUGGUAUGAAUGAUGAAAGCUACGAAUCAAUUUUCAUUCCUGUCAUCUCUAAAGUGAUGGAGACAUUUCAACCUUCUGUUAUUGUUUUACAGUGUGGAGCAGAUUCAUUGACAGGCGAUCGAUUGGGAUGUUUCAAUUUAACUGUGAGAGGCCACGGCAAAUGUGUAGAGUUUAUAAAAAAAUAUAAUUUACCUUUUUUGAUGCUGGGAGGUGGUGGUUACACUAUAAGAAAUGUGUCCAGAUGUUGGACAUAUGAGACAUCAGUGGCUGUUGGAUGUGAAAUUGCUAAUGAGCUUCCAUAUAAUGAUUACUUUGAAUAUUUCUGUCCUGACUUUAAAUUGCACAUUAGUCCUUCAAAUAUAUUGAAUCAAAACACUGCCGAAUACCUUGACAAAAUUAAAACAAAGGUGUUUGAAAAUUUGAGAAUGUUACCUCAUGCACCUGGCAUACAAGUUCAGGUAAUACCAGAGGAUAUCAUUAUUGAAGAUUUAGAAACUGAAGAAAAGAUGAUUUUUGAUGAAAGAUUGCCUCAACGUGAUUUAGAUAAAAGGAUACAACGUGAAAAUGAGUAUAGCGAUAGUGAAGAUGAGGGUGAAGGAGGGCGAAGAGAUAACAGAUCGUUUGAGGGGUUUACGAAGAGGCUGUGUUUGGAAAAAAAUUCAAAAAUGGAUAUGGAUAUUAUGGAUGUAAAGAAAGAGAAUAUAAGAUCAGAGAUGAAAGGUAUUAAACUAAUUUUUUAUUUUAUUUUUAUAAAUUAUAGUUAAUUUAUUUAUAGAUAUUAUAUAAUAAUUAUAUAACACUUUCUAUUUAACUAGAAAAUGUGAAGGAUGAAAAAGUUGAAUAAAGAAAUAAAAAAGAAAACGAAGUUAAUCUCUGAUGAACAGCAACUUCAGAAUUUUCAUAUCUGCACAGUUACCAAAAUUCGAAAAUAAAAGUCUAAAAAUUAAGUAUAGAUAAGUUUAGAUUAUUUAAAUGGAAAAAAAAAAAAAAAA